AUCUUGCUCCCCGCAUGUGUCUGCUGUUAGUUUACAGGUCAGUGAGGAGCUUUAAAUACCUUCUUUCCUGCAUUGUUUCCCCCUGAUCAGACGGCAAGAGAUGAAAGACACAAUCAUGAAUCAAGAAAAACUCGCUAAACUACAAGCGCAAGUCCGCAUCGGUGGAAAGGGCACUGCUCGCAGAAAGAAGAAGGUUGUACACAGAACAGCGACCGCAGACGACAAGAAGCUCCAGUUCUCCCUAAAGAAGCUCGGCGUCAACAACAUCUCUGGCAUUGAAGAGGUCAACAUGUUUACAAAUCAAGGAACAGUCAUCCACUUCAACAACCCCAAAGUUCAGGCCUCUCUGGCCGCCAACACCUUCACCAUCACCGGCCACGCCGAGACCAAACAGCUGACCGAGAUGCUGCCGGGCAUCCUCAACCAGCUGGGAGCCGACAGCCUGACGAGCCUGCGGAGAAUCGCCGAGGCCCUCCCCAAACAGGCCGCAGAUGGAAAAGCGCCGAUCGCCGCAGUAGAAGAAGAGGAUGACGAUGUUCCAGAUCUGGUGGAGAACUUCGACGAAGCGUCCAAGGACGAGGCCAACUAGAGGAGACGGGACUGGAAGACUUGACCUGACCGUGCGGGGCACAAGAUGUUGUAAUGUCUUAUUUCAAGAGGUGGAGGGAUGAUCGACCCGAGGGGAAACGUUAAGCCAAUCAAAGUACCUGCGUACUCGAGAGAAUUCAUUUCCUAGAGUAGAACACUGACGUAUUAAAACCGGGGUAGCAGUAUUGAAGUGUGGGCUGUGGUAGGACUCGUGUACCACCUCUUCUUCGUCACCAGACUCUCCAAAAGGUCGUCGUGCUCUGUGGUCUAAAUGUUCAAGUUUGGGUGAGAGGGAAUUUUUUUUUUUUUUUUGUUUUUUUUGUUUUUGUUUUUCUUGGUAAAAAAAAAAAGUGGCUCCCUUGUUGUACAUCUUGUCUUUCCUACAUGUUACUGAUCCUUAAUUGUGCGGCCUCAAUAAAACCAUCAUGUCUGGAAUAAACCUUUGCUACUGUCAGAGAA